AUGGAGACAGGCCUCUGCGCCGUGACGGCUUUGCUCGGAGUGAGUAAUGCAGCACCCUUCGAGCCAAGACGAGAAAAAACUGGUGAUUCGACGAGGCUCUUCAGUAACUCCUUUGGGCUCGCAGGUCAGAAUAACACUUUCGACUAUGUAAUAGUUGGUGGAGGCACGUCUGGCCUUGUAGCCGCUAUGCGUCUCUCCGCCGGCGGUAAAUAUUCCGUCGCCGUUGUAGAGGCCGGUAGUUUCUACCAGACGGCCGGAAACGUAACCGAGAUUCCCGCCUACGAGUCGGAGUUCUUGGAAGUGCCUCUCACAGUUGAAUGGGGGAUAAACACGAAGCCCCAAGCGCAAAUAGGUGGCCGUUCAGUUAGAUAUUCCCAGGGUAAAACCUUCGGGGGUUCCUCUGCGCGUAAUGGAAUGGCCUAUCAACGAGGCACAGUCGGCUCCUACGAUCGUUGGGCGGACCUCGUGGGAGAUACUAGCUACUCCCUAUCGAACCUUCUACCGUACUUCAAGAAAGGCGUCCACUUCACACCACCAGAUAUCACUCUCCGUGGCGGUCCUCCAGUAGCCUUUGAUGCCUCAGCAUUCGACGCUUCUUCAAGCGGCCCUCUGCAUGUCUCGUUCUGGAACUACUACGCCCCCGUGUCUUCCUACAUUGCCCGCGGGUUGAAACGCCUAGGGUUCUCCGAGACAGGCCAGAUCCAGAGCGGAAGUCUGCUGGGAUAUGCACAGUUCCCAGCGACGUUGCAUCCCGACAAGCAGAUUCGCGACUCGUCCCAGACGUCUUACCUCGAUGCUGCGAUAGCUGCCAACACGUUUGCUAACUUGCAGCUCUAUCCGGAUACGUUAGCGAAACAUAUCCUUUUUGCAGGGAAUAAGACGGCUACCGGCGUGCACGUCAGUACUGCCGGGGCGGAAUACGUACUCUCGGCGCGCAAGGAGGUCAUCGUGGCUUCUGGCCCGCUCCGCUCGCCGCAGCUUCUCCUAGCUUCUGGUAUCGGACCAGCUGAGACUUUACAGAAAUUCAAUAUCCCUGCAGUGAGCACGUUGUCAGGGGUCGGUCAGAAUCUAAUCGAUCACCCCGGAUACGGCACUCUAUUCUCAGUCAACGCCGAGUCUCAGCACCGGUUAUUUAACAACGUCACGUUCGCCAAUGAGGCAUAUAAGGAGUUUUACACUAGCCGAUCUGGCGCUUUGACCGCAUUCGCUAGCAAUUACCUCUUAUGGGAAAAACUCCCCAACAACACAAAGCUCAGCAAGGAAACCCGCGCAGCGUUGAAUUCUUUCCCUGCCGACUGGCCGGAUAUCCAAUACAUCUUCAACACCGCCGGACCCGCUGAUACUACCCCAGGUGACCUGCUAAGCUUGGGCGUGGUAAUACUUAAGCCCUCGUCUGUCGGCUCGGUAACCCUAAACAGCUCUUCUGAUACAGCCGAAAAUCCACUGGUAGAUGUGGCUUGGUUUACCACUAAAGCGGACCAGGAACUGGGCAUAGCAGCAGUGCGACGGCUCCGCCUAUUUGCAAACGCUACGGGGGUACUUCAGAGCGAGUUGUCACCCGGCACCGCCGUGCAAACGGACGAACAGAUCUUAGAUUUUGUCAAGGGUGCUGCUAGUCCUAGUCACCAUGCUGUUGGUACAUGCAAGAUGGGCAAGUCAAGCGAUAAGUCUGCGGUGGUGGAUACGCACGGUUGUGUGAUGGGCGGCGUGUCUGGCCUUCGCAUAAUUGAUGCUAGUAUUAUGCCGGUACUUUUACCCGGACAGCCUAUGUCAACAGUUUAUGCUAUUGCGGAGAAGCUCUCUGACGACAUUUUAUCAGGGCAUCAGUGCUUUAGCUCGGAAUAGGCGACUUGG